CCCUCUCAAAACCCACCAAAAUCUUGAUUUCACUUCUCCAAAUUCUCCACAGAAUCACCCAUAAACCAACAAAAAAAAAAAGAAAAGCCACUUCCAUCCAUUCUCAAUUAUGCAGUUGGGUCAUCUUCUUCUUCGACAUUUUCAGGCUCCAAAUCGAAGAGACCCGGAAACCAAUCCUGAGAGCAUUGGAUUGGGUCACAGAUCUGGACAACCAUUACAAAAACAUCCAGAGAGCUUGGGACACAACCUAUUCCAAACAAGAUGUUUAGGAGGUGGUAUCAUCUUUGAAGACAAGAUUUACCUUUGGCUCAAGUUCAGAUUUGGAUCUCUUAGAAAUUGUAAUUAAUGAAGACCUUGACUCCUGGACUGCUGGUUGCAUCUUCACAUGCUAUACCUUCAGCAGAUGUGUAACCUUUCAAUAUUGCCGGCUCACGCUACCUGGCCCGACAAUGUACUUGUGGAUAAAUGGAUCUUAUAUAUAGAAAUAUAUCCUGAAACGUCGUCGAUGUGGGAUGGAAGUCAGAAAAACGCAAUUCAACUCAUAUAUAGCUGACAUCUUAGUGUGGUUGACAAAGUUGAUGGAAAUCGAAGCAACAUCUCAACCAUAUACAUUAACCAUUCUUGAGAUAUACCUAAUCAUCACUGAUCAAGAAAAAUGGUGGGGGAUUUGAAUGGCAAUGAGUGGAAAAACAACAAGAGAAAUUGUUAGUUGCUUGAUAAGAAGAUACUAUUCAUGAUUAUAUAGAAAGUGAAUCAUCAAUUAUGUUAUAUAUUUGUUGCGGUAUUUGUGAACAAAGUUUUCUUGGUGGUCUGCUCGCCAUUUAAUUGCAAUUAACAUCUUGUUUAUUAUCAGAUUGAUG